GACACCUGCUGAGGGGACUGAUGGUUAUUAUCUCUGUCACACAGCCAGCAGGAACCUCACAACUCACAGCCUGUGUCUUUGUUUCAGCUGUUGCACCAUGUGGCUUCUGGUCCUCAUCUGCACCCUGACAGCUGUUGAUGGUGUCCCAGUACAUCUGACUGAGGAGACUACUGGUCAUGCAACAGAUAAUGUUACAGUCACUUCUAUGCUUGAUGCACCGAAGCCAGACACUGCAGCAGUUGGUGCCGUUCCUUUAAAUGAUACCCAGACCAUGACUGCUGCAGCAGGUAAUGCUACAGUCCAGUCUAUGCUUGAUGCACCAAAGCCAGACACUGCAGAAGGUAAUGCUACAGUCACUUCUAUGCUUGACGCACCGAAGCCAGACACUGCAGAAGUUGGUGCCGUUCCUUUAAAUGACACCCAGAACAUGACUCCUGCAGCAGGUAAUGCUACAGUCCAGUCGAUGCUUGAUGCACCAAAGCCAGACACUGCAGAAGUUAGUGCCGUUCCUUUAAAUGACACCCAGAACAUGACUCCUGCAGCAGGUAAUACUACAGUCCAGUCUAUGCUUGAUGCACCGAAGCCAGACACUGCACAAGUUGGUGCCGUUCCUUUAAAUGACACUGUGAGGACUCCUGCAGCAGGUAAUGUUACAGUCCAGUCUAUGCUUGAUGCACCGAAGCCAGACCCUGCAGAAGUUAGUGUCGUUCCUUUAAAUGACACUGUGAGGACUCCUGCAGCAGGUAAUGCUACAGUCCAGUCGAUGCUUGAUGCACCAAAGCCAGACACUGCAGAAGUUAGUGCCAUUCCUUUAAAUGACACCCAGAACAUGAGUGCUGCAGCAGGUAAUGCUACAGUCCAGUCUAUGCUUGAUGCACCGAAGCCAGACACUGCACAAGUUGGUGCCGUUCCUUUAAAUGACACCCAGAACAUGACUCCUGCAGCAGGUAAUGCUACAGUCCAGUCUAUGCUUGAUGCACCAAAGCCAGACACUGCAGAAGUUAGUGCUGUUCCUUUAAAUGACACCCAGACCAGGACUCCUGCAGCAGGUAACGCUACAGUCACUUCUAUGCUUGAUGCACCGAAGCCAGACACUGCAGCAGUUGGUGCCAUUCCCUUUAAUGACACCCAGAACAUGAGUCCUGCAGCAGGUAAUGCUACAGUCCAGUCUAUGCUUGAUGCACCGAAACCAGACACUGCAGAAGUUAGUGCCGUUCCUUUAAAUGACACCCAGAACAUGACUCCUGCAGCAGGUAAUGCUACAGUCCCGUCGAUGCUUGAUGCACCAAAACCAGACACUGCAAAAGUUAGUGCCGUUCCUUUAAAUGACACCCAGAACAUGAGUCCUGCAGCAGGUAAUGCUACAGUCCAGUCUAUGCUUGAUGCACCGAAGCCAGACCCUGCAGAAGUUAGUGUCGUUCCUUUAAAUGACACUGUGAGGACUCCUGCAGCAGGUAAUGCUACAGUCCAGUCAAUGCUUGAUGCAACGAAGCCAGACACUGCAGAAGUUGGUGCCAUUCCCUUAAAUGAUACCCAGACCAUGACUCCUGCAGCAGGUAAUGCUACAGUCCAGUCUAUGCUUGAUGCACCAAAGCCAGACACUGCAGAAGUUGGUGCCAUUCCUUUAAAUGACACCCAGAACAUGAGUCCUGCAGCAGGUAAUGCUACAGUCCAGUCGAUGCUUGAUGCACCAAAGCCAGACACUGCACAAGUUGGUGCCGUUCCUUUAAAUGAUACCCAGAACAUGAGUCCUGCAGCAGGUAAUGCUACAGUCCAGUCUAUGCUUGAUGCACCGAAACCAGACACUGCAGAAGUUGGUGUCGUCCCUUUGAAUGACACCCACAAUGUGACGAGUGCUGCAGCAGGAACUGCAAUGCUUAAGCCCCAGACAGCCGAGGCAGAAACACUAGAAGAGCUUCAAGAUGACAUGAUUGUCCAAGAGGGAGACAUUUUGAUGCCGGAGGACAGGAACGCUGUGGAGACGCUGUGGGCCGACGCCACCGUCCCGUACUCCAUCGGCUACGAGCUGGCGGAUCAGGAGUUUAACAUCCUCAGUGCCUUCAGGAUGAUCUCAGACUUCACCUGCAUUCGCUUCGUACCGCACACCACAGAGCUCAACUACCUGCAGUUUGUCCCCAGAAAAGGCUGUGCGUCCUUUGUUGGUUGUCGAGGAGGAGCUCAGAAGUUGUACUACUCCCACACGUGUAGCGUUGGGAACCUUGCCCACGAGCUGAUCCACGCUCUGGGGCUGCACCACGAACACACCCGGCAGGACAGAGACCAGUUCAUCAGUGUGAAGUGGAACAACAUCAUACCAAAGAGAAAAAAUAACUUCAAGGUGCAGCAUGGAAACACUCUGAACCUGCCGUACGACCUCGACUCCAUCACACACUACGGACCGUAUUUCUUCAGUGUGGAUGGCAGUGAGACGAUGGUGUCUAAGUACAGCGGAGCUCACAUCGGUCAGAGGACACACCUGAGCCAGCUGGACAUCCAGAGAAUCAACAGACUCUACCACUGUGCCGAGCGGAUGAGAGGGUGAAAUGGACGAGUGAGUGAAAUCAGUGAGCGGGCUCGCUGCAUCCAGCUUCUGCUGUGAGAUUUAAUAAAAAUGAUAAAAAUCCA